AUGGGUAGAAGAUGUCGCCAGCAGGACAAAGCCCUACCCGAAGCACGACCAGAAACCCUCAAGCCGACGAGGAGCGAUCGUGACGAGGCCUUCCACCCUAGGCAUGGGAAGGAUACCAGUAAUCCAAGCAGGGGCAGGUAUCAGAACAGUCCUCUACCUAGAUCCGAAGGGAUGAUGGUAUCAACAUGGCCUGAUAUCUCUCACCUUGCGAUAACAAAGUCGGAGCUGAUCUGUGUCUUACGAAAAAUGGGUCCUCAAGUCAAAUGGCCUUCAAAGAUGAAGGCCUCGAACGCGAACCACAAUCCCAAACGAUGGUGUGAUUUCCAUAACGAUCAUGACCACACCACAGAGGAAUGCAUAGCCCUGAAGCUGGAAGUUGCUGAGCUCCUCAAGAAGGGUCAUCUACGAGAGUUCCUCUCAGACAAGGCCAAGAAUCUCCUCAACAAAGAAGGCCAUGGCCUACCUUCUGAAGUGCUACCUGCACGGCCACCACAUCAGGACCAAGUGAUCCACGUCAUCUCACGAGGGUCAGCGGUCAGUGGAAUCAGCAGUGCUGCCGCCAAGAGAAGCACUCGGAAUGCUAGGAACAAUCUAGAAGCCGAAGGCCCUAAGUGUCUACUCCUAGGAACCGACGAAAUCAGCUUCACCAUGAAGGAGCAGGAGAAGGUCCUAGCUUCUCAUCACGACGCCCUUGUCAUUUCGCUUACCAUAGCAAACUACUUGGUUAAGCGAAUACUGGUGAACAAUGGGAGCUCCAGCAACAUCAUCUUCCACUCGGCUUAUGCCGACUUAGGACUGGAGCCUGAGGCCUCAACGAGAAAGGCGACCCCUCUCGUAUGUUUCAGCGGAGAAGUAAAGCAGACCCUUGGAGAGGUCAUGCUUCCAGUCUAUGCCGAAGGAAUAAACGAAGCAACGAAGUUCCUGGUCAUCGAUUGUCCUUCCUCCUACAAUGUGAUACUAGGAAGGCCUUGGAUCCACGACAUGGGAGCUGUACCCUCGACUCUGCAUCAACUAGUCAAGUUCCCUACUCCCUGGGGCAUCAAAGCAAUCAAGGGGGACCAGGAGAAUUCUAGGUCCUGCUAUCAGACCACCCUGAAAGGAAAGACCCAGGCCUUAUAG